AUGGCGGUAGAUACCAGCUACCUGACCACUCAGGUCAACAACAUCGUCGCCCAGCUCCAUGGUAUUUACGACGAAAUUGGAGUUCCUGCGCGGGAGCGCGAGUCUCGUGAAGCAGAGCUCUUUAGCGCCCUGUCAGAGACCUUGAACAAUCAUCUGAAGGUUGUUGAUGAGGAGAGAGAAGAUAUGACGCAAGAAGCGGAACGUCUCAUUACAGCUAUUCAACAAAUGGAAUCGUCCCUGAGCGAUGAACGGGCCAAUGGCCAAUACGAGCUUAACCGCGACGACCUUCGUGUCACUUACCCACUUAACAAAUGUAUUGCAUUCUUACGCGAGAAGAACGACUCGAUGAGCAAGCUGCAUCGGGAACGCUUUGAGCAGGUUAAGAAACUUGUGGACGCGCUUGAAUCAUACUCCUCUCACCUCGAGCCAUCAUUUGUUAAGCUGGACCUUCCUCCUACUGCACCAGGGUCCUCGAUUCCCCCAAGCUUCGACCUUUCUCCUAUGUAUGUGACCGCAUUGGAUGCCGAAUUCACUCAUGUCUACGAAGAGUACCACCGCCGCAUUGCCAAAGUCCAAUCUGCCUGUGAAGAAAUGAUCAAGCUCUGGGCCGAGCUCGGAACGCCCCAGGCGCAAACAGAUUCCACUAUCGUGAAGUGUUAUCGCGAUUCCCCUGAGCAACUGGGGCUACAUGAAGAUGAUGUCGCCAACCUAAUUUCGAAGCGCAAUAAAUUGGUGGAAGAAAAGAAAAGCCGCGAGCGCAAGAUCAACGACCUCAGAGCUACCGUAAUCUCUCUUUGGGAUCGCUUUGGUGUGGAGGAGGCGGAUCGCAAGGCAUUCCUGGCUGCGAACCGUGGCUGCGGUUUGCGCAUAAUCAACGACCUCGAAGAGGAGUUGACACGCCUCAACGAACUUAAGAGACAGAAUCUCCACCUCUUUGUGGAGGAUGCUCGGUGCCGAUUGCAGGAAUUAUGGGACACUCUUUUCUUCUCCGAAGAGGAAAUGCUCGAUUUCACACCUGCAUUCUCCGAUGUGUGCAGCGAUGCUUUGCUUGAGGCUCACGAGGCCGAGAUUACACGACUGGAAGCUCUUAAGGAGCAGCGCGCUCCUACUCUCGAAAUGAUUGACAGACACCGCACUCUUUUGACAGAUCGCGAGGCACUUGAAACAUCAAGCCAAGAUGCAUCCCGCCUCAUGGGCCGCGGGAACAAGGGAGAGAAGCGUGAUCCUGGAAAGCUCUUGAGGGAGGAGAAGAUGCGCAAGAGAAUCGCCAAAGAAUUGCCAAAACUUGAAGCUGACCUACGGAAGGAGUUGGAAUAUUGGGAAGACGAAUUCGGCCGACCCUUCCUAGUGCACGGAGAGCGAUAUCUUGAUUUGUUGACACCUGUAAAGUCAAUGCUUCCACCACGCUCAAAGACACCAUCUGCAACACCCUCAGCUACCAAAGCAAGCACAAUGAGACAAAACCCACCCGCCCGCCCUGCAAGCUCCAUGAGAGGCCUGCCUCCCCCCCGCUCAGCCACCAAGACUCCCACUAGCAGCGGCCCAGUUAAACACAACACCAUUGGCUACGGUGCCUCUAGAGCCGGUGCCACCUCAAGAGCCGGUGCAACAUCUCCUUCGAAGCUUCCCGCCCGUGUCCCGCUGGGAAACAUGCCCCUUGGAACCAACUCCCCUGAGCGUCGUAUGCAGCCCGGUGCCUACUCGUCUGGUACACUUAAUGGAAAGAUGCAGCCCCCUCGCGGACCUCCCCCACGGAUGCGUGCGUUGACGAUUGAGUCAAGGGAAGACCGAUUCAGCCACCUUAUGGAGCCACCGCGCUGCAAUAGCGCCAUGUCUAGUGCCUAUGUGCGGCCUGUUAGCCCGGAAGACGUUUAUGAUGACCGGCAGCGAUCUUUCAUGAGCACUUCGGGAUUCUCCAACUCUCAAAGAUCUACUGGAUUCUCCCAUUCAUCUCACUCUUCACACUCGUCACUGUCUUUGAACUCUAGCCAAGUGUUCCCACGACCUAACCCUUACCUACACCACGCAGCUCCACCGCCAGCUGCCCGCCAAGUCUCCAACUCCUCUACAGUCAACACAACAACCUCUGGAUCUGAAAAUUGGGAGACUUUCGAGGACGGCUCGGGAUCAGAAGCCGAUCCCAGUGACAUUUACUAUUCCAAACUCCGUGCCGCAAACGGAGGGAAACGAUUUGCACCCGAGGAUGGAUCGGAUCUCACUGGCAAAAAGACCAAGGGUAUUCGCAGUGUCAGUCCAGAAGGUCCGCAUCCCGGGCAGGUCCUGCGCGUUGCUGGCAGUGACACCGAGUGGGCCGAUGACUACGAAACUUAUUAG